UUAACGCCUUUGUAUAUCGCUUCCUAGUUGGCGAUACGCUGAUAUUUAGACACCAGACAUUCACAGAGUCCCUGACAGUAAGACUUUUAGUACUUAAUUUUUUAUUUACUUACAGACUUUCCCCUCCAGGUAGAGGCAGUGCACUUGAAAGGGUAGACUUGAAAAUAGAAACAUUCCAUUUUAUACAGUAAUAUUAUAACGAUAUACUUAAUAAAGAGAUUGUGCUAUCAUUUGUAAAAGUUAACGAGCAGGGUGUCAUGUAGCCAGCACAGCGAUCAACCACCAUUACUUUUCCCAACUAAAGGCAGGUACCAAUCAAAGUUGGGUGGACUCAGGGGCGCCAUAAAAUCCAAAAUUCAAGAUCACAGUCUUCACCGAGAUUCGAACCCAGGACUCCAGGUUUGUAAGCCAAGUUCUUAACCACUCAGCCACCGCAGUGUAGAUCAAAUGAAUUAAUGACAAAAUGACGGACGCCAUAUACAACGCUAUCAGAACCGGAGAUUCGAAAAAGCUUAAAGCCUUGUUGGAUUCACAGGGAAUUGAAGAUAUUAUUCGAAUUCUUGAUGAUGUUGCACCCGAUGGAGAUGCCGCCAUUCACGCUGCCGUCAAGAAAGAAGACCUGGAGAUGAUUGAACUGCUAGCUGAAAGACACUGUGACCUAAACGUGUUGAACGCGCACAGGCGCACAGCGCUCAUGAUGGCCGUAGAGAAGGGUUCUCAAAACAUUGCGUUGUUCUUAUGUCAGAAAGGAGCAGAUGUGAAUGUCGCUGGGCACAACGGGAACACGGCUCUUCACUUGGCCGCCAUGAAAGGUAACAUCGAUAUGGUCAGUCUUCUACUUGGGCCGAAUUGCAAGAAAGACUCCCUGAAUUCCGAAGGCGAGACCGCUGUUUUCAUUGCAGUGGAUAAAGGUUUCUUAGACAUUGUACAACUUUUGUGUCUAUCAGGGGCUAACUUAAGCAUCAGCCAAAAUGAUGGCGGAAAUGUUAUCAUUCAGGCAGCUAAAACCAGAAACAUCAAAUGUUUAAAGUAUUUUUUCAAGCAAUUCAACAAAAAUAAACCCCUUCCAGACAUUAAUAGUUUAAACAGUCAAGGGCUAAAUGCUUUGAUGUACGCUACUAUCGACAGGAAUAUUGAAAUUGUAAAAAUAUUAAUUAGCCACGGAGCCAAUGUAAAUCUCCAAAAUCCAAACAAUGGUCAAACCUGUCUUCAUUUAGGAGCUUUAAAUGGUGAUAGCGACGUGGUGGAGGCUCUUAUUGCAGCAGGGGCAUGUCUUAAUGUGGUUAAUCAUUAUUUGGAAACUCCGCUGAGCCGAGCAAAUAAAUGUAUAAAAAAACGUCUAAUAGAUGCAGGUGCUUAUGAAUUCAGAGACCACCAAAUAGGAAUGCCUGUGUUUCCUAGAGAAGGUUCAAUACACAGUGGUGCAUCAAAUCAGAUCCACAAUGAGAUUAAGUUUCCCUCCAUUGAAAUCGACUCUCACACUGUAAAUGAGACGCACCUAAUUCAAACAUUUUCUUGUACGAUGGAAGAAGCUGAAGACUCAAAAGAUAAUGCUGACGAUCAGUUAAAAAUUUCGGAAAGUCAGAAGUCAGCCAUAGAUCAGUACAGACUAAGCAAGAAGUUCAAAAAAGCUUUAAAAGAUUGUAUAAAUAAAUUCCUGGAUUCUCAUUCGAACAGCGGCAGGGUUGAGAGCGAUAUAGACAAACCAAGCAAAAUAUUUUUUUCGGAGCAUAUGAAAGUAGUAAUACUAAGGGCUGAAAAUGUUAUUUUCGGCGACAACCACGUGACGAAUAGUUCAAAGAAAAAUCCUUCUAACAAAAUGAGGCCAUUAUCUUUCUCUGAGUCUCAAAAGACUUUCAGCGAGUUUGGUGGCUCUAGUGUAACUCUCAACGGACAUGAGCAGCACCUGAAAGACGCAGAGGACGAGCUGGAAGCCAUGGCAACAACAGUCAACAAUGUCCAUGGACCCUUGGCAACGUCAAGAAGCAAUAUCAGUGAAGCUAUGGCAACGUCAAACAGUGUCUCUGAUGGCUUCCUCAUUGAGAAUGUCAAAGUACAAAGCGGAUGUUCUGGGGAUGACAGUGAAACUUUGACCAUGUCAAAGAAUACCUGGUCCCCACAACGUGCUACCACUAUUUCCUUUACAAGCAGCACAGGGAGUCUGCCUGGUCGAAUUAUAACAGACAAAAACAGAAAACCAUUGCCGUGGGAAAGAAGAGAGAAAAGCUAAUGCAGGCGAACUUUCUUUCAAAUUAUAAAAUCAAUCAAUGAAAAGAUGGGAGGCUUUCCAGAACACCAUCAAAUGCUAACUGUAGAAACGAAUAUGACUUUAAUAAAAAAAAUCAUGUUGUAAAAAAAAAAUUCCAUGCAUAAAAUGUCAUAGGGGCGGGUUUAAAAUAUUUACUAUGAUUGAAAUCUUAUUCAUUUGUUCUAAAGAGCUAAAUGAUCACUCUUACAAGAGCCGGUUAGCUGGUUGGGUAUGACUUUACUAUUUUUCUUUCCUGUUUACUUAUUUUGUUGUUAUUUAGGUAUGAGAGAGUUACAUUUAAUUGUAUAUAUAUACCUCCUGGGUAUGUUUGUUUGUUUGGUUCAAAUAUUUUGGAUGUUCCUUCAGAGUUGAAGAAAAUUACCUCCUAGUCCUAACCUCCCUCAGGACGACGGUGGACAAGAGCGGGCAGGGUUUAAACCCUGGGCCAUCGAUAAAUCUGAACGACAGUCCAGCGCGCAUGAGUGUAAGCGUUUCAAUAUGGGACAUGUCGAUCUCGUUAUAUGAAGAGAAGAGUUCCGUGAGUGAAAUACUUGAUUUAUUGAACAGAAAGAGGACGGGUGCUUUGCUGUCUCUGUGUUCUUUUUAUUACUCUUUUACAAAGCUUAUAUCAACUCUGUCUGUCUGUCUGGUACAAAUUUUGAACACGCAUUUUAGGAUGAACUAGAAAAUGUGCUCAACCAAAUUAAUAAAUUAAACAGUGGUAUUUAA